AUGUCCUUCCAAAGAGAAACGUCAAUCUCUUUUAGAACAUUCGGCUCCUCCCUCUCAUCCCUCUACUCCAAACUAAGCUCCCGGAGGAAGCCGGCCGCCGUCGAAGAUGAGCCAUCGGAGCACGACCAAGCGGAAUCAUCGCUAGCCAGAGCCGCCCGGAUCAAACCCAUAGUCAGGUCACUCUACAACGGCCUAGCCAGCCACUGCGGUCCCACCGCCGGUGACAACGAUCCGGAGGAUUGCCAGGAGGUCAUCGCCAGCGACCUGGAGUGGUGGUUCCACGGCCCGCCGGGGUGCGACUACAUGAUGCGGAUUCUGACGGGGCAGCUGGCGCCGGACCAGUCUGUCGUCCGGUUCGAGCCACGUAGCAUCGAGGCGGUCGGGGACUGCGUGAUCGCCGAAGGCUGGGAAGGCGAGGUGUACUGGGUGCACGUGUGGACGGUGCGGGAGGAUCAUGGUCUGGUCGUCAUCACUCAGUUCAGGGAGUAUUUCAACACGUGGCUCACCGUCAAAUACGUCACUGGCGGCGGGUUGCCGUUGCCGGCCGGUAGUGACCAUCGGCCCACCCCGUCGCCGGAGAGGAUUACUUUAUGGAGGAGCCAGCCGGCGGAUCUUUACAAACGCUCUUUGCCUGGCCUUGUCCUCGCCAUCUAA